AAUUAGACAAAGCGACUUAUAGAUGGCGUGUAUUUAAGUAUGACGUGUACAAAUAUGGCGUCCAAGUACUAGCUGCUUGAUGUAUAAUUUCUAUAACUGAUAUUUAAUUUUAUUUAUUUACUAUGUAACAAGUGAUAUCGCUAUAUUACAUAGUUUUAUACAUUGUUAUUUAAAAAAAACCAUAAAUAAGACUGAAAACUUUUACUUGUGCAUAAUAGUUGUACAUUAGUGGUUACUUAUUACUUAGGUAUGGAUCCAGAAUUUCUUUCUAGAUUAAUACCACAAAACAAAGAACAUGUACGUCCAGCAUGCAAAAAGUGUGGAUAUGCUGGACAUCUUACAUACCAAUGUCGUAAUUUUAUUAAAGUUGAUCCAAACAAAGAGAUUGUUUUGGAUGUUAGCAGUACUAGUUCUGAUAGUGAUGAAAAUUAUGUGACUCCUUUGACUGAAUUACGUGAAAAGGAAUUAAAAAAGAAGUUACAGGAAGCUAAGAAGAAACACAAAGAAAAGAAAGGUAAAAAAAAAUCUAAGAAACGUAAAAGAUCAACACCAAGUGACAGUGAAUCAGACACAGAAGUUUCUAGUAAUGAAGAGAGGAAACAUAAACAUAAAAAGAAAAAAAAGAAAUUAAAACAUAAAAAACAAAAGAAACAGAAAAAAGAUAAUUUAUCAGAAACUGAUAGUGACGAUAAAAAAAGAUAAUUUCUUUUCAUUUGCAUCCACCCGAAUGUAUAUAUUUUAUUCAAAUUAUAAAUACAAUGUACAUAAGUAAUAUUAUACUGUUUGUAAAUAAACGUGUAUAAAAUUA